ACACUGAAGGAGCGGCUCGAGCAUAUCUACACACUAGAAGAUCACAGAGACACGGUGAUGCAGGACUCUUUUCACACCAGACACCUAUAAACCACUUAGCAACACCCUUACAACCAACUUAACUUAAGAAUCAGAGAGAACUUGUGCACAGGCAAACAGCAAUCACACUUUCUUAAUUCUAUAUGUCUGUGUGUAAAUCAAGUCUCAGCAAAAAACUGCAAACCGGCAAAUCUUGAAGAGAUAAGAUAAUCCGAUGAAACUUUGGCCUGCAGAGACGUGCGCGACUGGGAGUAAAAGAGGUUGAGCAGGAGAACCGAACGCAAUCAGGUGUGAGCCGCUGAUUGUGCCACAGAGACAGUGAGGCCGAACACCUGCAGCAGCUGUGAAUCCGCACUGACUGUGCUUCAUCAUGCUGUGGACGGCGGCUCUCUGUUUGUGUUUGUGUGUUCAGUCUCUGGCGGUCCCCGUUCCAGCGCACCGGGCAACUGAGCACAACAAACUACUGCUCAUCUCCUUUGAUGGCUUCAGGUGGGACUACGACAGGGACGUGGACACGCCGCACCUGGACGCCAUGGCGAAGGACGGGGUCAAAGCCACAUACGUGACCCCUGCGUUCAUCACCAUCACCAGCCCGACACACUUCACCAUCCUGACAGGUAAACAUAUUGAGAAUCACGGUGUAAUUCACAACAUGUGGUUUAACACCAGCACCUGGGAGAAGAAGUCCUACUACAAGUCACAGUUUGUGAACGAGUGGUGGGACAACGGAAGUCUGCCCAUAUGGAUCACGGCUCAGAGACAGGGUCUCAAGGCCGGUUCACUCCACUUUCCUGGAACAGCAUCUACUUAUCAGGGUGAAAGUGCAGUUGUAAAAGAAGUGGAGCCUGAAAACUACAAUUACAGCAAUGAAACGGCCUGGCAAGAGAACAUAGACAAAGUGAUGGAGUCCUGGUUUAGAGAGAAGGACCUGGACUUUGUGUCCAUGUACUUCGGUGAGCCUGACAGCACCGGACACAGGUACGGGCCAGACUCCCCCGAGCGCAGGGCGAUGGUCAGACAGGUGGACCGUACCGUCGGCUACCUGAGGAGUGCAGCAGAGCGAAAUGGCCUGAGCGAGCGGCUCAAUAUCAUCAUCACGGCCGAUCACGGCAUGAGCACCGUCUACAGGAACGGGCUGGUGGAAGAGAUCGUCCUCUCCAAGAUUCCCGGCUUCUCUUUCCAAGAUCUGUCCUUCCAUAUUGUGGACUUUGGACCGGUGGGACUUCUGCUUCCCAAAGAAGGAAGAAUAGAUAAAGUGUACAAUGCACUGAAAGGCGCUCAUCCACAUCUACACGUCUAUAAAAAAGAGGAGAUUCCCACUCGCCUGCAUUACUCCCAUAAUGACCGAAUAUUACCCAUCAUCCUCUGGGCCGAUCCAGGAUACGUCAUCAAUGGGUAUUUCCCAGUGCAGUUCCAUAAGGGAGAGCAUGGCUAUGAUAACCAGGCUCUGGACAUGAAGCCGUUUUUCAGGGCCGUGGGGCCGGACUUCCAGAAGAAUCUGGAGGUGGGGCCGUUUGAAACAGUCAACAUCUACCCACUGAUGUGCCACCUGCUGGGAAUCACACCUGAACCCAACGACGGACACCUGGACGUCACACGACACAUGCUCACCUCGUCCAUACAGCCUGAGAAUGAGGGCUCAUCUGGUGAUGAUAUUCUCACCAGUGUUUUCACUGGACUGGGAGCUGUUGCUGGUUUUCUUUUCGUCGUCUUUGUUGUUCUGUUAAGUUGUGGCAUUCACAAACGCAGGAGGAACAAAAGCAGUUCCACAGACGAGGGGAAGAUUGACAAGUGUCACUCCGAAACAAAACAAACAUCAUUUUAGAACCAGGAAUCCAGAGGAGAACUUUCAGGAAAACCAUCAGAAACUUUCAAAACAGUCCUAUAUUUAAAAAUGUUUCAUUUUACUUUGUAUUAAGUUUUCCCUUGUAUUUUAAACAAAUCCCUUAUGAAUAAUAAGAAUAUAUUCAUUUUCCAUAUAUAAAAACACAUUUUGUUAUAUUUUGUAAUACUGAAAAUAUUCAUAUUUUAUUGUUUUAUUGUGAUCACAACCACUUGUUUUUCCCUUCCACAGUGAAUUGUUUUCUCUUUAUAUCAAAUAAAAUUGAUUUUUGUCAUUUGUUAUACUUUUUUAUAUAAAUAAUUGUACCUCAUUAUUUAACGUU